AUGGGUGUCGUUCCAUUCCGUAGCGUCGACGCACUUUUCUCCGCCGCCAGAGGAUAUGUAGCCAUUCCAAUCCCAGUCAAGUUGAUACCGUUUCAGGCAUUCGUGCUUAUCAACACUGCUCAAGCUGGACGUCCGCGCGCACAAGUGGUGUAG